AUGGCCCAUGGGGAGUAUAUGAACAAGAUUUCUCUUGAGCGCGCUUUCAAUGUCGCCAAAGACGAAGGCUUCAAGCUUCUAUUCUCUUUUGACUACGCAGGGAGGGGCCCUUGGCCGAAGGAGACCGUCAUCAGCUACCUGAAGAAGUACACAUCGAAAGCCGAGUACUUCAAGCACAGUGAUGGAAGACCUUUGGUUUCUACCUUCGAAGGCCCUGGCAAUGCGAAAGACUGGAUCGACAUCAAAAGCCAAGUCAACUGCUUCUUCAUCCCUGACUGGUCGUCUGAAGGAGCAAAGCCAGCUCUGGCUCUCGGAAACAACGUCGCGGAUGGCCUCUUCAACUGGGCUGCUUGGCCCUGGGGCCCUCGAGAUAUGGACGCUUAUGUCGAUGCAUCGUACUUUCAGUACUUGGUCAAGAAGCCGUAUAUGAUGCCUGUUUUACCGUGGUUCUACACCAAUAUGCCCGGGUACAACAAAAACUGGAUGUGGCGGGGUGACGACAUAUGGCAUGACCGCUGGAUUCAGGUCAUUUACAACCGGCCUGAAUACGUCCAAAUUAUCUCUUGGAAUGACUAUGGCGAAUCUCAUCACAUUGGUCCUCUUUACAGCCACGCCAUGGAGGCGUUCACGGUUGGAAAAGCGCCAUACAACUAUGCCAACAACAGACCUCACGAUGGCUGGCGUCAGGCUCUACGUUUCUGGGUUGACUACUACAAGACUGGCAAAGCUACUGUAUCUCAAGAGAGUCACAUUGUCUGGUACCGUACAAGCCCAUCCAGCGCCUGUUCUGAGGGUGACACCGUCGGCAACACAGCAAGCCAACUUCAAAUCGAGUUCCCUCCACAGCUUAUCAUGUUGGACAAGAUAUUUUCCUCCGCAGUACUCGCAUCGACCGCUGAGGUCACAGUCACAGUUGGUGGCAAGACUUUUACUCCAAAAUGGUCUUCGAUCCCCGAUGGAGGUGUUGGCGUCUAUCAUGGCAGCGUGGUCCUCCUUAGUGAGACCGGCGAUGUGAACGUCCAGCUCUCCAGACCUGGGAGACUUCUAGCAUGA